GCUCGCACCAAAUCGACUCAAACCUCCGCGAGCCCUCGGCGUAAACAUGGCGACCCGAGUCCUUCAGAGAGUCGGCAGAGGCCUGAAAGAGACGAAACGCGGGCUUCGGGCGAGCGGACAGCCGACCCUCACCGCGAGGAGCUUGGCGGCUUUCAGAGAAGACAGCUGGUUCAAAUCUCUUUUUGUGAGGAAGGUGGACCCGAGAAAAGAUGCUCACUCUCAUCUGCUGGCCAAGAAGGAGGACAACAAUUUGUACAAGAUCCAGUUUCAUAAUGUGAAGCCCGAGUGCCUGGAAGCCUACAAUGAACUCUGUGAGGGCGUCCUGCCUUCCAUACACGAAGACCCUGAAUACCCGUGUGAGCUGGUGGGCACCUGGAACACCUGGUACGGAGAGCAGGAUCAGGCGGUUCACCUGUGGAGAUAUCGGGGAGGAUACCCGGCUCUCACCGAAGUCAUGAACAAACUCAGGCAGAAUAAGGGGUUCAUGGACUACCGGAGUGAGCGAGGGAAGAUGCUGCUGUCCCGCAGGAACCAGCUGCUGCUGGAGUUCAGCUUCUGGAACGAACCCGCCCCUCGUCCAGGACCCAACAUCUACGAGCUGCGCUCGUACCAACUCAGGCCAGGGACGAUGAUCGAGUGGGGAAACUACUGGGCUCGAGCUAUUGAGAUCCGCCAGCAGAACCAGGAGGCUGUGGGAGGAUUUUUCUCACAGAUCGGAAGUUUGUACACAGUUCAUCACUUAUGGGCUUAUAAAGAUCUGCAGUCGAGAGAAAACAUCCGAAAUGCAGCGUGGCAGCGUGAAGGAUGGGACAAGAUUGUUUACUAUACAGUCCCUCUCAUUCAGCACAUGGAGUCCAGGAUAAUGAUUCCCAUGAAGACCUCGCCCUUGCAGUAACCGGCAGCGCCGCGGGGGGAAGCUGGACGGCCGCUGCUCCCGCUGUGCUGAUCUGUAAAGAGAGAGUAACCAACCAUCCGAGUGCGCACUGCCACGGGCUUCUUUUCCGUUGUUUCUGUUUUAUUUUUCUCUGUUAUUGUUGGUUUCUGUGUGGACUCUCUCGAUGAGGUUAAAUGGGUUUUUCUCCAGAACUCCUCUUGUCGUAGUGUGUUACUGAUCCAUUCAGGGGGAGCGUGUGUGUGUGUGUGUGUGUGUGGGCUUCUUCUAAUUUUCACACACGUCCGUCUAUGAAAUGAGAUGUUUGCCCCCCCCCCCCCAACAUGUUGAACUUCUAAAGUCAUUUAAUGUUUGACUGCAGGUUCAAUGCUGAAAAAAAAAGUCUUAAAUUUCAAUGUUGUUGCUAAAUGGUCUUGCACUAAAAUUCAUAACAGUUACUGACCAGAUGGAGUGAUUUUUUUACUCAUGGGAGGAAGUGGAGAAUGUAAUGAGGAGGAACAUGCUGUUUACAAAGGAUCUGUUAUCAACAGUGAAAGUGAUUGAAACCUGUGUUUCGGGGCGUCAGUCGGACUUUAUGAAGUGUUCAUCCCACUCAUACAUCCAAUGACUGUUUACACGGUUUCAAUGCAGCCAUCAGAUUAUGUAGUAUAGCAAUAAUCAGAUAGCUGGAUACGGUGAUACGUCUAAAAAUGCCGUUAUGAAGAUGCAUAAAGAUUGUUUCCGAUGUUUAACUGACCAGGACUCCAGAUUGAUUUUUCCUAAAAUGCAGCAUUGGGAUGAAUUAAUGUUAGACUUGAUUUCAUUGGCAAUAACUCAUAAAUCCGCCUGCUGUGUUGUGGCUGCUGUGGCCAGCUGACAGCCUGUAUCUCACCUCUGGUCUCUUUAAAUGAUCCAGUUUUAGAUUUCCACAGUGGGUUUGUUGAUGAGGCCAGAGAUUUGGACAAUCUGAAUGUUUGGGCUUUUCUGUCACUGUCUGAUGUUGAUAACUGGAUAGGAAAAAUUUCCUAUUGUGGUGAAUAUGAAAUGCAGUGCUUUAAUGAGGUUAGAUGUACAUAUUUAAUUAAACUUCUGAUGAAAA